AGAAGCAGCCACUUGCAGGAGCGUCCUUCGACCGGAUUUUGACAUUAGGCAGAGAGGAUCGGCCAUUCGCAGACUGUGCAUCAGACUGAAGUGAAGAUCAAGCACGGUAAGGGAAUCUUAUUGCAGUUGCGGAUGGAACAAGUUAAUGAGAUCCGCGGUGUAGAGAGCAACUCUACUCUGUGUCCCACCAUCGAUGACUUCCGUAAUCAGGUUUAUUCCACAUCCUACUCCCUCAUCACGGUGUUAGGUCUGUCCGGAAAUGGCUUUGCAUUGGUGGUGCUGAUCGGAACGUCCCGACCGAGUUCUCCGUUCCAAGUCUACAUGCUCAAUCUGGCUGUGUCCGACCUGCUGUGCGUGAGCACUCUGCCAAUGCGGGUUGUGUAUUACGUCAACAAGGGACAGUGGAACCAGGGAGACUUCCUAUGCCGCAUCACCUCCUGCGCCUUCUACAUCAACCUGUACUGCAGCAUUUACUUCAUGGCGGCCAUGUCUGUGACGCGUUUCUUUGCCAUUGUAUUCCCUGUGCAGAACCGACUCAUGGUGACAGUGAAACGUGCACGCCUGGUGUGUGUGGCCAUUUGGAUUUUUAUCUGUCUAGCCUCGUCACCCUUCCUGAUGCUUGGCCAGAAAUUUGACCCCGCCACCAAUAAAACAAAGUGCUUUGAACCUCCGAUAGGGCAAGAUGUGUCAAAAGUAGUCAUGUUGAACAAUUUGUCUUUAGUGCUUGGUUUCCUCCUCCCCUUCCUUAUAAUACUGCUUUGCUAUGCUGGUAUUAUCCACACCCUACUGUCCCGCACGUCGGGGGCUAGACGUCAGCACGACACGGGCCCUAAAGCCAUUCGAAUGAUCGUCAUCGUCCUACUAACCUUCUUAGUUAGCUUCAUGCCGUAUCAUGUGCAACGCUCCAUCCACAUACACUCCUUGUACGGCACUUCCUGUUCAGAAAGGAUUGUUAUGCAAAAGUCAGUUGUUGUGACGUUGUGUCUCGCUGCAGCCAAUUCAUGCUUUGACCCUCUGCUUUACUUUUUCUCUGGGGAGGGUUUUCUCAACCGUCUUUCCUCCAUGCGCCUGUCACGAUCAACUUCUGAACGUCACUAGUAUAGAGACUGGCGUCAGCCGAAAUCCCAGUGCCACUUCAUUUAUCCCCAACAUGAGCACAGUCCGAUAAGGUGAAUGACACAUUCAAAAAGGUUGACUUCUCACCAACUAACGUAUUGUAAUUUUAUUCACAAAAAUUAAAGCACUGGAAUCUGAA